GGAGUUGAAGUGAAGCAAAUGCAAGAAGGAAUAUUUAUAUCACAAAAGAAGUAUGCAGAAGAAAUUUUAAGAAAAUUCAGAAUGGAAGAUUGCAAGCCGGUAGCCACUCCAGCAGAACCAGGAGUCAAAUUAAGUGUGAAUUCAACAAGAGAGCAAGUGAAUCCGACGUUGUUCAAAAGCAUAGUUGGAAGUCUGAGGUAUCUGACUAUCACACGACCAGACAUAACAUACGCUGUGGGAUUGGUAAGCAGAUUCAUGGAGAAUCCAAAACAAGAUCAUUGGAUUGCAGCAAAAAGAAUCCUCAGAUAUGUCAAAGGUACAACAGGUCAUGGUUUAUUCUACACGCAUUCAGAAAAUUCGAAGCUAGUUGGUUAUUCUGAUAGUGAUUAUGGGGGAGACUUAGACGAUCGAAAAAGCACAACUGGAUAUCUCUUUCAUAUCGGCUCUGCAGCAUUUUCAUGGUUAUCAAAGAAGCAACAAACGGUAGCUCUUUCAACAUGUGAAGCAGAAUACAUAGCCGCAGCAGCGUGCACUUGCCAAGCAAUGUGGUUAAGGAAUAUUUUGAAGGAGCUAAAUUUGGCGCAAGAAGAACCGAUUAAAAUCUAUGUCGACAACAACCAUCUUUCUUGA